AUGGGAACCCCUCCAGCCUAUCCUGUUCCCGAUGGUGUGCCCGCGCCCCCAUUUCAACCACCACUUCCACACAUCCCACCACGCGUGUUUGGCUACCCUCCACAUCCUGGCUUUCCCAGUAUGCCCACGCCAGCCGAUGAUACAACUCCCUACCAACGACCGCCUGCAUCCCAUACCCUUACUGAGGCGGAUGUUAAGAACAGUGAAGAAAACUUAAAGGCUCAACACGACAGCAUUAUGGAGCAAAAAGCAGAGGCGAUUCGCCGAUGCACUAAUGAAGCUCGAGAGCAAGCUGUUAAAUCACAUUGCGAGAAUUUGAACAUUUCGCUACCUGACAUCAACAAUGUAGUCCAGCCCUUGAUUGAAUCUUGCACCAAAGAGAACAUUGCAAAAGGCAAGAACUGGGCCGUGGACCAGAUGUCUAAGAGUGAAGAUCUCACAAGUCUGAUGGGCGAAUAUUUGCUAUUUCGGGUCGCCAACACAGACGCCACCUUCGACCUUCGCUUGCACAUUGUUUACUUGUUGAAUGAUCUUCUCCACCACAUUAAGCGUCGGGGUGUGACGUCGCACUUUCAGGCCGACAGCUGGGAGCUGCUCCUUAUUGCUCACAGUAUGGUUUUGAAAGUAGGCGAGGACAAUUUCCGCUUAUGGAUGAUGAUGGCAUAUAACAAAAUGGACCCUUUGAUGCUUACUUCUUGA